AUGGAUAAAAAAAUCAUGAUCAAGCAAAUUGCUUUGUUGUUGGUCGGCGUCCUCGCCGUUAACGCCUCAUAUUACAACCGUAAGUACAAAAGCUAUCCGAUAAAGAAAGGAUACGGUGGUAUUGGUGGUGGAUACGGGAGAGGCUACGGUGGAAUCGCUGGGGGAGGGGGAUAUGGAGGAUAUGGCGGAAAAUACGGCGGUAUAAGUGGUGGAAUUGGAGGUGUCAGCAGAGGAUACGGUGGAGGAUAUGGAAAAUAUGGCGGAGGAUACGGUAGGAUUGGUGGAGGAUAUGGAGGAAAUUUUGGAGGAUACGGAGGUGUAGGUUACGGUGGAAUCGGCGGAGGACACAGCGGUAUCGGCGGAGGAUACAGCGGAGGAUACGGAGGAUACGGAGGCAGUUAUGGAGGUAUAGUUUAA